CUUACAAACCUUGUGUUAAGUUUUUGUUAGGCUGCACCUGCUUUUAUCACACUGGAAUGAUUCCUCCAGUGUUUUGUUUAGCUUUAAUGCAGUAGUUUACUUUGCACAGAAAUUUCUAAAAGCAACACACACACAAAAAAAAGAAACAGUCUGAGAAAUUGUUGUUAUAUGUUGGCACACUUCUUUUCCCCGCGUCGUCUUUUUCAGUGAUCUGUAAGACAAUCCUCUCCUUGCAAGAUGUGGUGCACCAUAAAAUUACAGAAUAUAUUCUUACUGGUCUACAUGUUAGGGACCUUCUACGGGAGGCCAAGUGCAGAAAGAAAUCCGGCAUGUUCAAAACGAGACAUGUGCAAUGAGGAGCCAGAUGGAGCUUUUUACUUUCUUCAAUGCGCUGGACUGCCUUUAACAGACUCUGGGAGGGACCAUUUGCAGCGACUGAAAGGAAUCCUUGAAGCCACCAUGGAUGUGUAUUCCUUUAUGAGAUCCAGCUUAAACGGUGUGCCACUUGUGUCUCUGGAGGGACAACUGCAGUUGAACGGGAGACCAGACCCUUUCCAGAAUGAAGCCCUGGUCCAAAUGUGGCUGGAGAUCAAGAUGAAACCACUGCUGAAAUCCAUAACCAAACAUUUUCUUUCCUGCCUCAGCACCAAGAAUUUCAGCUGCUCCACUUACCAGACUGUGUUAAGGGAACUUAGUUACCAUCACUCAGAACUGACUCCAGCUCAGCAAAAGUGGAUCUACACAUUCUUUAUGCAUCCAUUCCUGUCAGGAGAAGGAGUUCAAGGUUGUGCAGACCCAGAAGAAAGCAGUGAGGAGUGGCUGCUGAAGAAUUUUGGUGCUUUCAGAGCAAUGGCCAGAAUAAAGGACUUCUCUACUCUCAACAUGGUCUUCAGCGGAGUGGAAGUGCUUCACCUGCUGUCUCCUGCACAAAAAGCAGAGCUACUCAUGAGGCCUGAAAUGGAAAGCUUUGAAAAUGGCACCCUAUCCCUGAUCUUCCACAGUUUAACAGGGGGCUCUGAACCCACACCAACAGCUCCUCCUGGAGGUUUCCAGAGCUGGACAACACCUGCAGACUCAGUUACGUCCCCUUCCCAUCAUGCCACACAUGAGUCACACCACCGGUCUCCACGUGAAAAGCUUAGAAAGGUUUUCAGUGGUUUCCUGACAGCUUUCAAACCCAUUGGGAGCUUUGUUCAUGAUUUUGUUUCCUUCACAAGCAAGAGAAAUCUGUCAGAAGUAAGAGGUGUAACUGUAACUCAGUUCCUGCUCAACUGGACUCUGGCUGAACUGGCUGACAGGUAUCAGCCAAAAGACAAAGUUACAGAGGAGCCGCAGUUUGAUGUGACAAAUGUGGAGGAUUGGUACCAGCAGGUUGCAAUGCCAUUACUGCAGAGGUUCUUCCCAAACAAUGACAUCCUGGAGCACCCAAACAUCAAACUUGCUUUUCACCAACUUUUUUAUUUGGACCAUGCUGUGGAUGAUGCAUACUCAGAGAACACAGAUUACUCUGAAAUCCAGGAUGUGUGCAGCAUCACCCUUGAUAAGACUCCCUGUGGGCUGACCGAUGCAGUGGAAAAUGUGGCUCAUGUUUUGCACUGUGCUGCUCGCACAAACCUGACAUUGAAUGAAGAAACAAUAAUGAGACUGAUUCUGGAGCUGACAAAACGUCUGAACUCCCUGAUCAAGGAACUGUCCAACACUAACUUCAAGGAAGUAUCAUCUGAAAUAAAGGAGAUCUUUGGUGAGGGUGAAGCUCCAACUCUGACCCAGGAGCACCUGAAUGACCCCAACUUCAUUCAGCUCUGGUUCCAGAUUAAGCUGCUGCCCCUCCUGCCUGAUGUACACCCAGAUCUCCUGUCCUGUCUGAGCACCAAGAACUUCUCCUGCCCUGUUUACCAAAGCCUGUGAGUUCCAGCUGUGUGUUGAUUGUUUUGUGUUCAUGUGUGUCGCUGUAAUCCUCCUGACUUCUGUCUCUGACCUGCUGCUUUCAGAGUGUCAGCUCUGGGUGAAUCCAUGAGUUUCAUGGAUGCCGACCCGAUUUACAGUCAGAACAUCUAUAAAUACUUCAUCUAUUCUUUCCUGCAGCAACACAACUUCUCUGAGUGUGCUUCUUCAGCCAAUAACAGUGCAGACUGGCUGGAGAAAAAUGUUGGUUUCUUCUCAAAGUUUGCUUCCAUCACUGAUUUCUAUGAGCUCAACCCUUUUUUCUCUGGAGUAAGUCUUGAAAACA